UCCAAAGGUGGCACCAGCACCCUCUUCCGGUGGGGUGGACGGGGCUUCUACCCCCACCAAGCCCUACGGCCGUGGCACCGUGACACCCACCUGGAGUUCCUGGAGCUUGGAGGACGACCGGCUUUGGUGGUCUGCAGCGGCACGCGGAGGCCCUUGGUCUACCGGUGGAGUGGGGCGGCCUUCGCCCCCCACACGGACAUCCCCCACGUGCCGGAUGUCUACGCGGCGAAACAUUUCCGCUUGCGAGGACACGUCUUCCUCUGCUUGACCCGCUUCCUGGGGGACGCCAAGGUGAUGCGUUGGGAGGGUUCCAUGUUCCGAGAGGUCCAGCAGGUGCCGGCACGGGGCUCGAUGGUCUUCCAACCAUUGGCGUUGGCCGGACAACGCUACGUCAUCCUGGGCAAUGACUAUGCCCCAAGCCGCGUCUACCGCCUUGGUCCUGGUGGUCACCUGGAGCCCACCCAGGAGCUGUUGACCCCCACGCCACGUGCCUUCACCCCUCUCUCCUUGGGUCACCGUCAUUUUUUGGUGGCCUCCAGCUUCAAGGGAGCCACCCAGAUCUACCGGCACGUCACCGUGGACUUGGGAGCUUGA